ACCUAUAGGUGUGUGUGUGUGUGUGUGUGUGGUGUGCACCCCUCCCACAGGGGUGUGGCUGCUGAGGAGUGUACGUGUGAGAAGCUGGACUUCGUGGCUGCCAAGGCGCUCGACAAGGAGAGUCUGGUCCAAUUCACUGAAGACCACAGCGUUAUUCUCGCCCUGAUCGUUUUGUGGCACUCAUCAACAUGGUGAAGCCGGGAUGGAUUCAACCCUCUAAACAUUGUCCUAAGGUGCGCUGCUUUGAGGAGGACAAUGACUCUCUGGAGGCCCAGAUCUGUGAGCUGCAGGAGAGGCUGGCUGGCCAACAGACCACCUCCACUGUCCUAGCUGUCCCUGAAUGCAGCUUGGAUGACAUGGAGAGACUGCUUAAGGAGAGGGAUUGGAGCCUGUGUGAUGUGGAGGAGCUGAGGAGAGAGCUGGACUGUCUGCAGGAGCAGUAUGAGCAGACCGUCCAGCAGAGGACACUCAUCCGACUGGAGUGGGAGGAUGUUGGCCUGACGGUUCAGAACAUGGUGGUCCCUGUAGAGGGUCCAGCUGCAGCAGGGAGAGAAGUCCUGGAGUUUUACAACCCUGACAUCCUGGAUAUCAAGGAGUACUACAGCCGGCUGGCUGAGACCCUCCAGUGUGAGUUCAAGGAAACUGGUGUGGUUGUUGUUGUUGUCAACGUUGGAGCUGGAAAGGCGCUGGCGGUGGCCAGAGCUGCGGGGGUCACAGCCGUAGCCCAAAUAACAGACGUCAACGAACUGAAGAAACUGAUUGUAGAGCUUGAGAAGGAGGUUACAGAGCUGGAGAGGUGAGAUUGAGGUGAAGAGAGAAGCAAAUGUGGAGGAGAUCGCUGACCUGGAGUGUCGUAUUGAGGAGAGGCAGGAGCAGCAGCAUGGCCUGCCGGUCCAGAUGAGGGAGCAGUGUGGGGAGUACGAGGGGCUGCUGGGUCAGACGAUAGACCCGGACAUCGAGAUCGCUGCCUACAGGAGAGACCUUUCACUGAUGUGUUUCACCGACAGGGCCCCAUGCACAACAACAGAUAACGUACAGUGUGAUCAUCAAGGCCUCUGUAGUAGUGAAAAAGAUGGAGAGGUCCUGCAUCAUUUACUAAUGGGCUUGUUCAGGAAGGAAACUGAAGUACCCAAAACACAUGAAAAAGCACACUUGGAAAGACCAUGACUAACCUUAAUAUAAUAUUCUCUGUAGUUUUACAAUGACAAUAGCAUCUUCAGAUGACAUGAUGUUGACCUAAUAUUUUAAAUUUUCUUCACAAUAUUUGUGUAGCCCUACAUUGGCUACAAUGUCACCUGGGAAUCCCCAUAUCCAUAAUAUCCAUAUUAAGACAUUCCUGAGGACAAAUGUGAGUAGUAUGGGUGGCAGAAUGUCACCUGGGAAUCCCCAUAUCCAUAAUAUCCAUAUUAAGACAUUCCUGAGGACAAAGGCCUGACAUCCAAGGUCAUCCGGGGUCACAGGAAACAGGCCCUACGACAGUCCGAGAAAACAUAAUGCAAUUUCCUGUCCGGUGUUUUUGUGUUUCUGUCUUAC